CCCAUCAGUUUCAAAAUGUCGCUGCUUAGAAGUGUGCACAUUUUUAUAUUUUUACUUUUAAGCACAAUAAAUGGAGAAUAUCACAAAGAAUUUCUCAUAAGUGAGACAGCAAAAAUGGAUUUAAUGCAAUUAGACAACGAACUGAUUGUCAAUCUGGAGAGAUAUGCCGAAAAAGUCGAGGAUAAGGUGGCUAAGCUACAGAGAAUUGUUAAGGAAUUAAGACAGCCCUUGGAUGCUGCAAAGGGAAUUGAAGAGGAGUACAUGGGAAAUCCCCUCCACAGUUUUCCACUCAUUCGGCAUAUGUAUCAAGAUUGGGAGAUUCUUGAGGAGUUUAUGAAGCAGCCAGUGGGAGAAGAACAAAUUGAUUUUCUAAAAAAGAAACUACCGGAAUUGCCCUGGCACGCGGAUGCAGAGGAAGCCAGUACAGCCAUUUUCCGAAUGGCAGAGACCUAUGGAAUGAAGCCCGGGGAGAUGGCUGAAGGUUUCAUCGACAACGUUCGCUUCAACUCUACGCUUUCAGCUCUGGAUUGCUAUGAAAUCGCCAAGAUGUACUUUAAAUGGGGAUACUUUAAGGAAGCCCUUCAAUGGUUGAUCAACACUAAGACUCGGAUGAAAGAAGAGUACUCGGACGUUUAUGAAGUGCUGGGGAUGACUCGAAAGGAUGUUGCAUUGCUGCAGGCCAGAUGCCUAAUAGAAUUGGAUCUCAAGGAUGAAGCUAAGGACGUUCUACUGGAGCAGCCCGAUCUCGCGGAGAAUGCGACUAACUUGAUAGAUAAAUUCUUGGCCAGACCCUACGAGGCAGUAGAUUCGUCGCCCUCUUUGAGUGAAGACUACAAAAGACUGUGUCGUUCUUCGUUCUUGCCGAGACCUUCGAGGCUCCACUGUCGCUACAACACCACCACCUCACCCUUUCUGAUCUUGGCUCCACUCAAGAUGGAGGAGAUCUCACUGGAUCCCUAUAUCGUUUUAUACCACGACAUUCUGCCAGUUAAGGAUAUUGAUCAGUUAAUAAUCUUAGCUGAACCGAGACUGAAAGCCUCAGAAGUGAUAAAAGAAAAUGACAGUACAGUUUCCAGCGAUCGCACAGCCCUGGGAACUUUUCUACCCUUUGAGGGCAUGAACCCAUCUGAUGAACCCCUUUUUGAUCGACUUACCCAAAGGAUGCGCGAUAUCACGGGACUAAAAGUCGAAGACAGAAAACACGUCAACUUUAUUAAGUAUGGGUUCGGUGCUCAUUACACAAGUCAUUAUGACUUUUUCAACGAGUCGAACCUUGAAACUGAAGGUCGUGGUGAUCGAAUUGCCAGCGUUAUCUUCUAUUUGAAUGAUGCUCCAUUCGGUGGAGCCACUGUUUUUCCGCGCCUAAAUAUUAAAGUACCUGCGGAACGAGGUAAAGUUCUGUUCUUUUACAAUCUGAAUGGAGAAACGCACCAUGUGGAGCCAAACACUUUGCACGCCGCCUGUCCCGUCUUUUAUGGCAUUAAAUGGGCCAUGGCUUCCUGGAUUCACGAUUGGGAUCAGAUGUUCAUUCAACCCAUUUACCGUGAGGAAUAACUUUAAAUUCUUUAAAUUUGUUAGAUCUAUUAAUUAAUUAAUGUUCAAAGAAUAUUAAACUUUUUCAAUAAAACCUUAUAUUU